GCCAUUUCCACUUCCGCCGCCGCCGCCAUGGCCUCAAGGUUACUGCGGGUGAGCGCGGCCCUGCGGCUGCUGCCCGCGGCCUCUGCCCGCACCGCGCCCGCCCGGGGCCUCGCCGCGCCCGGCCGCCUGGCCACGGAUGAGGAGCAGGCGACGGGCUUGGAGCGGAAAGUGAUGGAGGCCAUGAGCAAGGGCCUGGACCCCUAUAGCAUGUUCCGGCCGAAGCGCUACGCGGGGACCAAGGAGGACCCGAACCUCGUCCCGUCCAUCACCAACAAGCGCAUCGUGGGGUGCGUCUGCGAAGAGGACAACAGCUACGUGGUCUGGUUCUGGCUGCACAAGGGCGAGGCUCAGCGCUGCCCCUCCUGCGGUGCCCACUACAAGCUCAUCCCGCACGAGCUGCCCCACUGAGGACACCCCCCCGGAGCUGCUUCUGAGCCCCACACCUCGAGGAGCCUCCCCCCCGGAUCUUCCCCUUCCAGGGAGCUGCU